CUUGUGCGAAAGCGCCAGUAAGCGAGGGGCUUGGCAGUAUAAAAACGGAAGUGAAGGCCUAGGAUUCAACAUUGUUACACUGGAUCUGUCCCACCUCAGUACUGUCUAGAGCAACCCCACAGUGGAAAGAGCAACCAUGAACACUCAGCAGAUGGAGCAGAUGGGACAGUUCAAAAUCACUGUCUGGGAGGAGGAGAACUUCCAGGGCAAGCGUUGUGAGUUCAUGCUGGAGUGUCAGAACAUCAUGGAGAGGGGAUUCCACAAAAUCCGCUCUAUCAAGGUUGAGAACGGACCCUGGGUAGGAUACGAGUAUCCUGAGUUCCAGGGCCAGCAGUUUAUCCUUGAGAAGGGAGACUACCCACGUUACGAGGCUUGGAGUGGAAACUGCAGUUACAGAACGGAGCACAUGCUUUCCUUCAGACCUAUUAAGUGUGCUAACCACAGUGACAGCAAAGUGACUCUGUACGAGUGUGAAGACUUCCAGGGACGCAAGUUCGAGAUGUGCGAUGACUACCCCUCCCUACAGGCAAUGGGCUGGUGCAGCAAGGAGGUUCCCUCAAUGAAAGUCAACUCUGGAGCCUGGGUGGCCUAUCAGUUCCCCGGUUACCGUGGCUACCAGUACAUCCUGGAGAGGGACAGACGCCAGGGAGAGUACAGAUGCUACAAUGAGUACAGCACCCAGGCUCACACCUGCCAGGUCCAGUCUAUCCGCAGAAUCCAGCACCACUAAGUCCACCCGACACUUUAGUCCAGGCGGCUAUCCUGUACUGACCAUGCUAUGACAUGUAUUAAAAUAGGCAAUAAAGGCUUUAUUCAAACUAUGGAAACAGAGUGCUUGUGGCAAUUCCUUCCUUUUUGUUUUGAAUGGCCUCCUCUUGAUCAGGACUUCGAGCUACCUGUAGAACAGCCCACAAAGCCCACAAGUGAACCACAAAAGCAUUUUAUGAUAUGACUGAUGCAUCAAUAGCCUAAAUAACCUAGGGUAAAUACCACCUUUCUGUUAGGAUAGGAUGUAUAUUGUUCUUGUCAGAUUGUAUCAUAUUUCCAAUAAACAAGAGCACGAGAUCA